AUGCCAAAGAACUCAUCCCCUUUGAGCCUAUGGACUCGUCCUUUGGAGGCAGGUCCUUCGAACGCUUCUCCAUACUUAGACGAUAUUGUUGAGUCGAUUGCUGGUCCUUCUCUUCUAGGAAGAAAGAUUUUUCACUCGCCUGAAUUCGAUGCUGGUAGCGCAACACACCGAGUCUCUACUGGAGCCUUAGUAGAGGAGAUACGGGAUGACGCUGGAACCGUCAAGUCUGAGCAGGAGGACGAGGCGGAGACCGAGGAUGAUACUCUAAUUGUGCGGAUUCCUAAGAGGAAGAGGAAGCCACGAGUCAAGCCUGACCAGCCAGGUUCUACUCUCUCGUCACAACAGUCUCUGCGUGACCUCCGAGGUCGUUUUAGGAUAUCCAAGGAGGUCAAAGCCACUUAUCAGAUCACCAAAGGCUUCCUAAGCAAAGAUAACUUUUGGUUUGAGAAGUUCUUCUUCGUGAAGAUAAACAAGGCUUCCGUUGAACCUAACUGGCUUGAUAAGAUCUUGACUGACUCCGAAGCGCUUCUUGAAGUUCCCGAAGCGCUUCUUGGAAUUCCUGAAGGGCACGAACAGACUUUUACGAAGCCUUCAUUGUUCGGACGUGUCGUUGGAGGAAGCACUUCUCCCUUCGACGAGUUGAGAGAGCUAGAGCUCGGCGCGCCGGUUCCACUCUUCUGGGUUCCUCUCCGUCUUCGAAUCACACCGACUCUAAUAGCUUUGGCAAAGAAGAAAACUGUUGAGGCGGCGCAGCACACCGAGGAGCAGCAGCUUACAAAGGAGGAUACGUACAUCGAGGUUGAGCCAGACACCGCGGCUGGGACACACAUCGAGUCAGCCACACCGGUUCCCGAUGACUCUACCGCUAACCAGUCUUUUCGCUGGACUACUGCGUCCAUGCUUUCCAAGAUCACCCUUCACGGCACUCGCUUUCGUCCUCCCGAUACCCUCCAGGGCGAAGGGAGCUACGCCGAGAUGGCUCAUCACGGAGUCUAG